GUGAUUUAAUAUAUUUAAAUAAAAUAAAAUCAAUAAUGCUUUUAGUUUUGAAAAACUUGAAUAAAAUAAAAUUUAUAAUGGCUUUAAUAUUUUGAAAGUUUUGUAAGUUUAUACAAUAUAAUUUAAUUUUGAAAUAUUAAGAAUUAUUGCAAGAUGGAAAUUUCAGUUUUGGGUUUAAUGUUACCAUGUCCAAAUAUCAAGAUAUACAUAUGGAAUCUGCUGUACAGUUGUUUUAAAGAAUGCCCGGAUAAGGAAAAAAAAAUUUUUAAAUCACAUUCUUAUGCAUUGAGAGAGGAAAUUAAUGUUGGCUUGGGGCAUGUGAAUCCGGCCAUUGUAGCGUCAAAGAUGGUAAUGGCGAAAGAGACAUUAUGUAAGGAUUACUUGUCUUCACCUGUAAUGCAUAAAAUCACCAAGACCAUACACACUGUACCUCUUUUCCCUUUUUGGCAAAAUUUAUGAUUUAAUUUUUUUUUUUUGACUUUUAGUUACUGUAUCUACCCUUCCCAUCGACCGUCAUCAAGAUUCCUUGAAAAGCCACCACAGCCACUCAACGCCCAGAGGCCGUCUUCUUUCUUCUAGGCCUGCUCAAUAUCGAGGGUGCACUAGUUCUUCCUGGGCUCUAUUUCAAUAUUGGCAGAAAAAGAAAAUCAAAUCAUGGCUUCACCCUCUACUUCAACCCAUGAAGGGAUUUAUGAUGUUUUCUUAAGUUUUAGGGGAGAAGACACCCGCUACCACUUCACUGAUCACCUCUACUCCGCACUAAUUGAUAAUGGCGUCCACACCUUUAGAGAUGAUGAAGAGCUUGAGAGAGGAGGAGUGAUUGCUCCAGAACUCUUUAAUGCUAUUGAGCAAUCAAGGAUUUCUAUUGUGGUUUUCUCAGAAAACUAUGCCCAAUCUAGAUGGUGUUUGGACGAACUGGUCAAAAUCAUUGAGUGUAUGACAGGAAGGACACAAAUAGUUCUGCCAGUUUUCUACCAUGUCGAUCCUUCCCAUGUGCGGAAGCAAAUGGGGAGUUAUGGAGAGGCAUUUGCAUAUCAUGAAAAAGAUGCUGAUCUGAAGAAAAGGGAGAAGAUACAGAAGUGGAGGACUGCCUUGACAGAAACAAGCAAUCUAUCUGGCUGGCAUCUACAUGAUCAUCAGUCUGAGUCUGAUGUUAUAAAAGAAAUUACUUAUAACAUCAUUACAAGAUUGAAUCCUAAGAGUUUAUAUGUUGGCGAAAACAUAGUUGGAAUGAAUAUUCGUUUGGAAAAACUCAGAUCUUUGAUAAACAUUGAUUUGAAUAAUGUUUGCAUGGUUGGGAUUUGUGGAAUUGGUGGAAUCGGUAAGACUACCAUCGCCAAAGCUCUUUAUAAUGAGAUCUUAAAUCAAUUUGAGGGUGUUUCAUUUCUUGCAAAUGUUAGGGAGAAAUCCAAAAAUGAUUUUGGUCUACUUCAGUUACAACAACAACUCCUUAAUGACAUCCUAAAGAGAAAAAAUCGGGAAAUUAGUAAUGUUCACGAAGGAAUCAAUGUGAUAAAGAAUGUGCUCUACUUAAGAAGAGUUCUUGUUGUUCUUGAUGACGUAGAUAAUUUGAGACAAUUAGAACACUUGGUGGGGAAGCAUGAUUGGUUUGGCCAAGGAAGUAGAAUCCUCAUAACAACUAGAGAUAGGCAUCUACUAGAUGCGCAUGGAGUGGAUAAGCCAUAUCAUGAGAUUGAAGAACUGAAUUCUGAAGAAGCUCUUCAACUCUUAAGCCUGUAUGCCUUUAAACAAAAUUUUCCCCAAGAAGAUUAUAAAGAUCUCCCGGACCAUACAGUAAAGUAUGCUAAAGGCCUCCCAUUAGCUCUUCAAGUUUUGGGUUCUCACUUAUGUAAGAAGACACCAAGUGAAUGGGAAAGUGAAUUACGUAAGUUGGAAAGAGAACCAGCCCCAGAAAUUCAGAAUGUGCUGAAAAUAAGUUAUGAUGGAUUAGAUCGUACACAAAGAGAGAUAUUCCUAGAUAUUGCAUGCUUUUUUAAAGGGCAAGACAAAGAAUUUGUUUCAAGAAUAUUAGAUGGUUGUGAUUUCUAUGCAAAGAGCGGAUUCAGAGUUCUACGCGAUAGGUGUCUUAUAACCAUUUUAGACAAUAAGAUACAUAUGCACGAUUUGAUACAACAAAUGGGUUGGCAUAUUGUUCGUGAACAAUAUCCUAAAGAGCCUGGAAAAUGGAGUAGAUUGUGGGAGCCUAAGGAUGUCUUUCAUGUAUUAACAAGAAAUACGGGGACAGAAGAAAUCGAAGGGAUAUUUCUAGAUAUGUCAACAUCAGAACAGUUGCAAUUUACAACUAAAGCUUUCAAAAUGAUGAAUAAGCUUAGAUUACUCAAAGUCCAUCAAGAUGCUAACUGUCAGCCCCUUAGCCACUUGAUCUAGACCGAGAAAAAUAGGUCUCAUGGGUAGGC